AUGGGCCAUCUUUUACAUACAGGCGAUCCUCAGAAACAAGAAGUCUACGAUCGUCUUCGAAGUGGUCUAGGAUCUCCUAAAGAUGAUUAUGUCGAAAACAGCGGGAAAGAAAAAUUCUGCAAACUUCUCGAAGCUGCUGGUGCGUUAACCAUGUCGCCUCAUGGCAUCGAUGUCAAGUGUGCAUCUAUUCAUGAACUCUUCGACAUGCGUAUGCGGGUAAUUGAUGCAUUGGGUAGCAAAUGGACAUCGUGGGAGUGGGAACCCUUGAUGAAUCAAUUUAACAUGGCAAUUGAUCAUGCACUCGAUGCUGCUAAAACAGGCAAUUAUGUGGAAACGAUUGAAUGGUCAGCAUUGUGGCGAAAUAAAUGCAUUCCGAAGUAUCCUCAUUUCUAUCCAACAAAAGAUUUAAAAACUAAAGGUAAAAUAAUUCAAACAUAUGCUAUGAAUAAAGAUAGUUUUAUGUAUACAUCAAAUGAAUUUGAUUUAGUUAAAUAA